CCUCUCUCUCUCUCUCUCUCUCUCUGCCCGUCGGUCUGUCUUCGCUCAGUUUCGUCGUGAAGCUCGUCGCGGACGGUUCGCUCUGUGCGACGCUCUGCGCUGGAGAACGCGGGUGACAAGCAGCAGCCUGUGCCGAUUUUUUUCCCACUGCCACUUUGCCUCUCGCGCUGUGCUGUUAUCCCGGAGAAAGAGGGAGCACACGUCGUCGGUGUAUUGUUUGGUGCGCGCGGUGUAGGUGAACCUUGAGGUGUCUCUCGCAGGAGCAGCUCUGCACGCUGUUCCAGGUACGAGGCGGGAGAAAAUCCGAGAGUAUACAGUGCAGGCUGGAAUAAAUAACAAAAAAAGGAGAAACGCCCGGCCGACGUGACUUCUUUUUUCCUCUGUGCGCGCACUUUUCUGCCCGGAUAGCUGUCCGUCUACUUGAACGCGGGGAUAUCUCCUAUAGACGCACACAUACACAUCAGCUUCGAGGCAGCAACAACGUGCACGUAAAGCGAGAGAAGUGGCGCUAGGAAGCAGCGGCGGCUACGAAAGGAGAAAAUGAGGGCGAAUCUUCGUCGCGGUGCCAUUUAACUCGGACUCGGUGGACAAAAUGCUUACCGAGUGGCAGAAGGGCGAACUCGUGUGGUUCGACCCAGGAGUCGGCCAUGUUCUUCCCGGAGAGGUUCUGGAGUACCACAGGGCGGCGAACGUCCUGUCGGUUCAAGCAGUCAUCGCAGGAAAGCCACAAGUAUUUACGCUUACAAAUCUCAACGGCGUCAAGCCGAGACAAGACUUAGGCCAGAAUGGCGUAGAGGACAUGAUUCAGCUUAGUGACUUGAAUGAGGCAUCGCUACUCUGGAAUCUCAAAAUUCGUUAUGACAAAGAACUUAUUUAUACGUACACCGGGAGUAUCCUAGUCGCCGUCAAUCCUUACAAAAUGUUUGAUAUUUACGGCCUAGACCAAGUCAAGCUUUACGAAGGAAGAAUACUCGGGACUUUACCACCCCACUUAUUCGCCGUGGGUUCAUCGGCGUACAGCCAGGUGAGCGCGGCCAACAAUGCCAGUGCCAAUCAGGUGGUUGUGAUUUCCGGCGAGUCCGGUUCGGGCAAGACAGAGUCGACGAAGCUGGUGAUGCAGUACCUGGCCGCGGUCAACCGGGCGCCUAGCAACCUCGUCACCGAGCAGAUUCUCGAGGCUGCGCCUCUGCUCGAGAGCUUCGGCAACGCCAAGACUCCGAGGAACGACAACAGUAGUCGCUUCGGAAAGUAUCUCGAAGUCUUCUUCCGAGACGGUGUGAUCGUCGGAGGAAGGGUGACACAGUAUCUUCUGGAAAAGAGUAGGAUCGUAACGCAAGCGACUGACGAACGGAAUUAUCACGUCUUCUACGAGCUUUUGGCGGGACUCGAUCAGCAGCUUCGUGAUAAAUAUGGACUUCUCACUCCCGACAAAUAUUUCUACCUGAACCAGGGUGGAAGCUGCGACAUUGACGGCAAGAACGAUACGCAGGACUUCAAAGCUCUACUGUCGGCCAUGCAAGUCUUGGGCUUCACGUCCGAAGAGCAGGACACGAUAUUCAAAAUCCUGAGCAGUGUGCUGCAUCUUGGCAACGUCUACUUCCACCGCAAACAGAUGAGACACGGCCAGGAGGGCGUGGAGGUUGGCUCCGACGCUGAAAUACGAUGGGCGGCUCAUCUGCUGCAGAUCAACUCGGACGGAAUCAUACGAGCUCUGACGACCAAGACCACGGAAGCGCGAAACGAGCGGGUGCUAACGGCCCUGAAUAUCGAUCAGGCGCUAGACGCCCGUGACGCGUUCGCCAAGGCGCUAUACAGCUCGCUGUUUUCCUGGUUGGUCGCCCGAGUUAAUCACAUCGUCUACAAGGGAACGAAGCAGACUGCUGCCAUCUCGAUCCUCGACAUCUUCGGUUUCGAGAAUUUCGCGGAGAACAGCUUUGAGCAGCUCUGCAUAAAUUACGCCAACGAGAAUCUCCACUUUUACUUCAACAAGCACAUAUUCAAAUUGGAGCAGCAGGAGUACGCCAAGGAGAAAAUCGACUGGACCACCAUCAAUUAUACCGAUAAUUUGCCGAUAAUUCACCUGAUUGCCAAGAAGCCGGUCGGUAUCUUGCACCUGCUGGACGACGAGAGCAAUUUCCCAAAGGCGACGGACCUUUCGUUCCUUGAAAAAUGCCAUUACAAUCACGCGCUCAGCGAAUUGUACUCGAGACCGCGGAUGAACUCGGCCGAGUUUGCCAUCAGACACUACGCCGGACAAGUCUGGUACAAUGUAGAUGGGUUCCUGGACAAGAACCGGGAUACACUUAGACCCGACGUGGUCGAACUGCUGAUCAGCAGUAAAAUCAAUAUGGUGAGCAAGAUGUUCCAACACGUGAGGAAUGCGCACGAAGCUAAUAAGACCAUUAACAAGCCCAAUGGCAGAUUCGUCACCAUGAAACCAAGAACUCCUACAGUUUCCGCUCGAUUCCACGAUAGUUUACAACAGCUCUUGGAGUCUAUGUCACAGUGCAAUCCCUGGUUCGUGCGCUGCAUCAAGCCCAACUCGGAGAAAGCGCCGAUGAAAUUCGACAUGCCCUGCGUCCUGGAGCAGCUUCGAUACACCGGGAUGCUCGAGACCAUCCGCAUCCGUAAGACUGGCUACCCAGUUCGUCUGCCCUUCGCUCACUUCGUGGAUCGCUACCGAUACCUAGUGCCCACCAGCCUACCACGAGGAGCUCCUAACAAGGAACUCUGCCGCAUGAUUCUCGAGAAGGCUGCACCUAAGAAGACUGAACCUCAAUAUCAACUGGGAUUGACUAGGGUGUUCUUGAGGGAGUCUCUCGAAAGAACUCUGGAGUACAACAGAGCCUUGAUUCUCGAACGAGCCGCUGUGACCGUCCAAAGGUACACCAGAGGAUUUCUCGCGCGACGUCGCUUCCUUAAUAUAUCGCGCAGCACCGUAUUGUUGCAAGCGGUCUACCGAGGUUACCGCGAGCGCAAGAAGUUCCGCGCAAUGAAACGGGGUGUUAUUAUGGCUCAGAAGCUCUACAGAGGCAAGAAGCAACGCGAAAAGUUCCGCGUAUUGAAGGAGGAAAUCGCAAAACGUGCGGAGAUGGAAAGGGCCAGUAGGGAGAGAGCUAAAGCCAAGCAGCAACGAGAGGAACAAGAGAGGGCUUCCAGAGCUGUCGCUGGCGUCAACCAUCUGGAGAUCCCAGCGGAGCUUGCUUUUAUUUACAGUAAAUUAGAUGACUGGCAACCAACCCACACAGAGAGAAAUCUAAUCAAAGUGGUCGGUAGCGUGGUGCCUCUGUCGAUAAACUACUCUCUGCCGUCUGAUAUUGAUCAAUACCAGUUCUCCAAGUUCACCAACAUCUACUUUAAGAGUCACAUCUUCGGCAUGAAACGCGAACCUAUAAAGACGCCUUUCUUGGCGAAAGCUCGUGAUCAGGAUUACACGGAUUCCUUGAUGAUUUUCAAGCUUAUCCUCCGCUUCAUGAACGAGAACAAUCUCAGCGGCAAGAGAGAACAGGCGUUGGGUGACUACAUUGUCAACAAGGGUAUUGUUAACGAGAAACUGCGUGACGAGAUACUCUGUCAGCUGGCUAAUCAGACUUGGAAGAAUGAGAACGACGCUAACAAGGAAAGGGGCUGGCUCUUGCUGUCGAAUUGUCUGUCGGCUUUCCAUCCCAGUCGCACGUUGUACAAGUACAUUUUGAAAUAUGUGUCAGACCACGCUUACGACGGUUACAAAGCCUUCUGCCAGCGAAAGCUUCUGCAAGGCGAAAGAGUCUUGUUAAAGACGGUAAAUAGUAACAACCAAACGACUGUUCAACAAGUACCAAGAAACUAUCCACCUUCGGUCCUUGAAUGGCGAGCCAACAGAAACAGAGUGAAUAUGGCUCUGACGGUUGGCUUCUACGAUGGUGAAACCACAACAUGCGCCGUCGACUCUUGGACCACGUGUGAGGAGCUGGCAAACCUAGCGAUUCAGAAUCACGGCGUGGAGAACAGCGGUUGGACCAUAACCCUGUGGAACCAGCUGGAGGGUAGCGACGCUAUCGUUACCGAGACUAACGGCUUCGAUUACGUCCUUGACCUUGUGUCAGAAAUGGAACUGGCGCCCGCGUUCCCCGCUGCGAAGCACAUGUUCCUCGAACAGCGGAAGAACAGCUUCCCGCCUAUUAAAAAGAGAGAGCACGCGCAGGUGAUCCGCGAACUGGAGCAGGAGCAGCUGCUGCACCACCAUCAUCACCACCAUCACCCCCAGCAAGAGACACCAGUAUUAAAGACGUUCCAACCACUUGAGAGGAAGCUAUCAGCAGUUCCAAAACCGGUGGUGGUGGCGACGCCACCACCGCCACUGCCGCCGAUCCAGCUGCUGGACAAGCCUCUGGAGCCGGAGCUACAGUCGCCGAGGAGACCCGCGGUGCCACCGCCCCAGCCGCCGCUCUCCAAAGUACCGAUGCGCAAACAGUCUCAUGAAGCCGUCCUCGAGUCAACCGCAGAAAUGGGCCUGUCUCGAAAAUCAGCCCUGAACGACCGCUACUUUGAAAAAGAGAAACAACGCAGUCGCAGUUUGGAUAACUUGCUGGCAUCCGAGGGCAACGAAGUCAGCAACGGCGUCAGUCCCUCAGCCGGCAGUAAACUUGCCGAUCUCGGACUGUCUUCUUCUAAACUGAACGAGCGCUACCACAGUCUUGAACGCAUUGGCGAGGUGCCAUCCAUCAGUAACUCCGAGUACAUGGCCAGGUCUGAAGUCCAGGUCGUACCGGAAAGAAAGUACAGUAGAAUCACUAGAAGUUCCGAGCCAAACAUUCUGGAAGAAGAAGAUCUGGUGAUUGACUUUGAGUAUCCGGAUAUCCAAUCGGUUAGCCAAACCGGCAGGUCCGAGGACGAUAAGAGUAGUUAUAUCAGAUCGCAGAAUAGGUUCAUCAAGUCACAUUAUCCAGGUAAGCGAGCGCUGCCAGGAAGUCAAUCAAGUCGAGCCUACAUCGAGAAAAGCGAGUAUGGCGGCGUGAAGUCGUCGGCGAUGUCUGAUACAAGUGAGGCUCCGUCCCUAGCAUCCCACGUGCGCAGAAUACGAGUCCCGAGUCAAGCCUCCGAUGUCGACCAGUACGUCGACGAGCUGUUCAAUCCGGUAUUGGACGGAAAUCUUGACGAACUAUCAGACGCAAGAAGCUUAGCGGCCAGUAUCAAGGGAAUGCGAGACGCUCAAAAUUCCCACAAUUCUGAGGACUUUGUGAAUUCUUUGAUAAAAGAUAGCCCAGUCACUAGUAUUACGGCCGAGGAACUGUCCAAGAAGAUUAAGGGCGGUGGUAACAUGGACAUCCCGAACCAAAACGGUGGUUUUAACUACAGUCCCAUGAUGUCGUCACCCAUGAUGAUGCCAAUCUUUGGACCUACGCAGCAAGUGCAAGCACCUCAAAGCCCGACCAUCAAUAUGGGUCCAGGCUUUGUACCUGUGCCGAUUUUCAACAUGCAGGGCCCCAGUAUACCCCAGUUUCCAAACUCACCACCCGCACAAAACAACGACAUGGCAGCUUACCAUCAAAACCUCCAGACAGCUUUCCUGCAGAGCGCUAUGGCUCAGAAUAUUCAAAUUCAGCAACAAUUGCUGGCUCAGAACCAGGCAUUGCAGCAACUCUUGGUGCAGAGUCCUAAUCCCAAUCAACUGGCAUCAUUCCAAGAGGGUAGUGACAUGUGGUCGCAGGACAAGCGCACCUCGACUCCCCAGCAGAACGCAAGCAUAACAAACGCUCGUCAGGAAACCGUCACGGUCAAAGCUCAAGUGCACCGCUCGCAGAGUCCACCAAAGAAAGGUGCCGAUCCAUCGCGCAAAUCCGCAGAUUUUGGAGUCCGCAAGAUCAGCGUCGAACGAAAGAUAAUCAGCGCGGCCGAGAUCAAACGACCUGGUGCCAACAAGGCCAACGUUCAGAACAACUUCACGAACGUUCUGAGCGAGUUGAAGAAUCGCAAGACUAGCGUGGAGGGUCCAGCCAGCAUCAUGAGCAACAAAGGGGUACCUCCACCACCUCCUAUGCCACCACCACUGGAGUUGCACGACCCCUCGGAAUCUAGACCGUUCAUCGAUCCUUACGGAAGAGCCAAAACUGUUCGGAUUGGAAAGUGGAGAUGGCCACCACCAAGCGAUUCGAACGAGGCACAAAACCAGGAUAGCUUUAUCGAGUUCAAGAUGCGCCAACAACAUCAAAUGAGAAAGAUCACACCUCAGUACCAGGAAUAUCAGCAGGGCGACAAUGAACCGAUGACCGAGGGCGGCGUCGAAUGGGAGGAAUUCGAAAUCGAGAAUAUCGUCAACAACGAAGAGCGAACGGUGGUAGUGCACGCGGCAGCGACAGUCGUGCGUCACGAGAACGGAUACAAAGAAGACGGCGACAAGAAGAAGAAGAAAAAAUCUGGCUUUGAAAUUGGCGCUAAUAGGCCAUCACCAGGCAGCAUCGGCAAGCUUAAGCUCAGUUCGGAGAUGCGGCAGAGACUGGAAAAAGUGACGGCCAACCACAGCGUUAGAUCGACCAAGACUACCGAGAAACCGGCUCUGAUACGCGACGAUGGCAAAGUUAAACGGCUCGAGGAUAACAGAAAGCUUCUCCUUGAGCAGCAACUAGGCGGAAGGUGGGACGAUUACGCCUCGACGGCCGACGACACACAGAGCGUCACCUCGAAAGGCACCACCGACAUGAUGACACAGGCCCAAGUCGUCAAGACGCAGAUCGAGAGAAUGGAACGGCCGGUGCCGCCGCCGCCGCCCAUAUCGCCCCCGCAGCCCCCGAGCCCCCGCGGCGGAAGUGUCUUCACCAACAGUCAAUCUGGAGUGGCUCAGCCACGUUCACCACCGGCUCCAGUGGAACCAAAGGGUCAGCGUGAGGUUUACCGCGCGUCUCCUGAUUCCGACGCUUUCGACCAGUUCGUCAAGAGUCAGCGAGACAUGUUUGGACAGAACCGCGACAUGUACAGCUCGCAACAGCAACAGCACGAAUCUAAGGCUUCUAAGGAUUACUACGGCAAGGAUAUGACUGACCUGGGCGGUAGCACCACUACCAGAAAUUCCGAUUUCGACUCGCGUCGCGACAUCGGCUCCGACAUCUUUUCCGAGGCCAAAUACGCAAGGGACGUGUUCGAAAGUUCUAACUCGAAGAGGGAUCCGUUCGGAAUGACCAGAGAUGUGUCGCCGAAGUCAAGGGACAGCUUUGGUAUGCCUUCGUCUAGGGAUAUUGGUGUGGUGCCCAAUACCAGGGAUUCCUUUGCUGUGGCCAGACAGAGCUUCAAGAAAAUGGACGGGGAUCCCGAUCGUCGGUCCAGUGUCGCGUCCACGAUGGGUACCCAGCGCACUGACAAAAUGGAGCGAAUUGAGAUUGAGGAAUGGCCCGAGUUCCUUAAGCCAGUUCUACCCCCUGCCGAAAAACCGGAGAUCGAGAAAGUCCAAGAAGUCGUCGAUACUAAGCUUUAUCCGCAAACUUCCAACACCCACUUCACGUACAACCGUGUGACCUGGACGCUGCGCGUUAAGAAGGAAGUAUUCGCUCCCAACGAGACUCUCACGACGCCACUGGCGCUGCAUUUAGUCUUCUGCCAGGUGGCAUACGACGUCCUUGCCACAUCGAACAUUAGAAUCUCGAAAGAAGACCGACAAAACAUGUUGAAGCUUUUGGACAACUACGGAGUAACGCUGGACAAUUUGCAGAGCACUCAGCACAAAAUCACGAUCAAGAAGAACGUCGUGGACAUGGCCAAGCAGUGGCCUCUUUACUUCGCCAGAAUAUUCCCUGUUUCGAUCGGACCCCAACAACCCGACGUCCAGCACGUCGCAGUAUCUCAUCACGGCCUAAGACUGAUAAAACGAAGCAACAGCGGAGACCUAAUCAUACUAGAAACAUUGCCGCUCGAGGAAAUCGUGUCUGUCAACAGCUCUAGGCCGGGUGUCUGUACCAUACAGGUAGCCUCCGGCGUCAGGCUGCCACUGCAUACCAAUCGGGCCACGCAGCUCGCGGACAUGAUCGCCAAGUACAUCCGCAUGAUCGAGCACAAGCCGGCGCACAAGAACAACCACCACCACCAGGAGAACCACGUCUCCCAAAUCAGCAAGAGCAUAGUCUCGCAGGCGAAUCACUCGGCACCGCUGUCCAGUCACGGUCACCAGUAUGGCAGUCCCGUACCACCCUCGACGAGUCCUCAGCAUCACCCCGAGUACAUGCAAAAUGGACUGUCCAACGGACGCAACGGCCACGGGCCACAGAUCAACGGCGGCAUGCACUACCAGAAAAACGGCAAGAUGUCCGGAAGCUCGCAUCAGCUGCACCAGCAGCAUUCGAACCAGGAGUGGCGUCAACAGGAGGACGCCGCGCCGAGGAACGAAGACGGACUCUACGACGGGGCUGCUGACGGCACGCGGACGGUCGUCAACGACGGAAAGCACUCGCUGCUCCAGUAUGCCAUGCUCAACUUCAGGCAGAGCACCGACAAAUUCGAGAUGCUGAAGACGGCCGACGGCUCGAUCAGCGGCUCGCUCAAGGUGAUUGAGUCCCUGAAAGGCAAGAAGAAGGGCAAGAAGGGCAAGAGCCAGGACGGCGCCGAGUGGACGUGGAAGGAGCAGGUCGACCUGGUCAAGUACUCGCCGGUCCCGAUCGAGCAGAGCCUGCUGCGUCUGGACAACGAGCUCAGUGCACUGGCGGUCGAGUGCUUCCUCUGCCUGAUGCGCUACAUGGGCGAUCAGCCGUUGCCGCCCGACAUGAGCGAGGUCAAAUGCGUCUACACGAUCCUAAUGCACUGCCAUAAAUUCGAGCUCCUGCGCGACGAGGUUUACUGCCAACUGAUGAAGCAGACGACGAACAACAAGAGCCCGAACCCGGACAGCUGCCAGCGGGGCUGGCGGCUCUUCAGCAUCGUCGCGGCCUACUUCACCUGCAGCGACGGCCUCAAGCCCUACCUCAGCAAGUAUCUCGAGACCGCGGCGUACGACAAGCGGCGAGCCUACCACGGUACCGCCACCGUCUGUCUACAGAACCUCAGGAAGACCGUCAAGUACGGGGGACGCAAGAACGUGCCCAGCGUCGAGGAGAUCAUGGCUAUCAGUGCCGGUAGAAACGCCAAGAGGCAGAUCUACAGGCUGCCUGGGGGCACCGAGCGGGUCAUCAACACCAAGUGCACCACGGUCGUACAGGACGUCAUCGAGGAAAUGUGCAAUAUCAUAUCCGUGAGGAAUCCCCACGAGAUGGACGAGUUCUCAUUGUACUGCAUAGUCGACGGAGACGCCUUUACCAUGCCUCUGGCGAGGGACGAAUACGUGCUCGACGUUACCACCGAGCUGCACAAGAACCAUCAGCUGUUCUACCUUAUCUUUUGCAGGUCUGUUUGGUACUACCCGCUGCGCCUGGACGCGCCACUCUACGUCGAGGUAGUUUUCAACCAAAUCGCGCCCGAUUACCUCGAAGGCUUGCUCCUGGUGUUACCCGGGGAACAUUUACCCCAGGAAGUCAUUUACGACAUGGCGCAGAUCGCAGCCCUGCUCCAUAGAGCGGCAGACUUGAAAAACGAGAGGGAGGAACCGACGACGAAACGAAUCAAGUACCUCCUGCCAAAACCGGCUCUAAGUUUGAGAGAACCCAGACCGCAACAAUGGGCCAACAUGGUACAGCAGGCUUGGUCCAACGUGCAACACAGCAGCAUCGCGAGCUGCAAAGCCCAAGUGCUCGAAAUACUUUCGAAAUGGCCACUGUUCGGCUCGAGCUUCUUCGCUGUUAAGAGAGUACCAGAGGGUAAAGAGAAGGGUGGAGACCACAUUCUAGCUUUAAAUCGACACGGUGUCCACUUUAUCGACCUCAUAACACACGAAACACUGUACCAUUACCCUUACUCCGAGGUAAUAUCGACGCGCAAGGUCAAGUCCGAGGAGGGCACCCUAUACCUGGACAUGAAGUGCGGCAACCUGAUGCAGCAGCGUAUCACGAGGCUGCAAACCGAGCAGGCUCACGAGAUAUCGCGUCUGAUACGCCAGUACAUCACGAUGGAACAGAGGUCGACCAACAAUCAGGGCGUGCCGCCGAUUGGCUUCACCAUGCGAUAGAUCGACGUCCUUCGCGCGAUCUAUAGGAAUGCAAGGACGACGUUGUUUGUUGUUUGAAAACAGAAGAAAAUGCUCAAAUCAAUCGAAUUUUAUCGGUUUAUCAUAAUAUUACACGCACACACACACACACACACACUCAAUGUAAAUACGCGUAGUAACGAUUAGUUAACGAAGCAAAGGUCUUUUUCAAUUUUUCUUUUUGUAUUUUGUAAUUAGCUAAGAGCUAUACUCUGAAGGGCGAAUCAGCGGGUUGGGCGUGAGAGACUGUAGCGCUGAUUCGCCGCGGAUGGCGAAAGACUUUUUUGUAUUUUGUUGUCGCGUAUGUGUCUUCCAAGGAUGGCGAGAAUUAGAGAGAGAGCUAAGAAUGAUGAUGCGAGGAAGAUUAUAUAGGAUUUUUUUAUAAUGGAAAUUAUACAUAUGAGAUGGAUUUAUAUAAUAUUGUGGCUUCGCGUGGAUUUUCGCGCGAAUUCGAGCGGUAUUGUUUUCUUUUUCAAAAUAGAAGUUGAUACGUACGAGACUUUAUUAUUUAUAAAUAUAUAUAUUAACAUAUAUAAAGUGCAACGGAAAAUGAUUGUACACUAUUGUUUCAUUUUAUUAUGGUACAAUUUACAUGGAAACAUGAGAGAAGUUACACUAAUCAUAUCGAUUUAAUUGUCUUAUUAAUGAACAAAACUAACCGUUUUGCGAUUGUUAUUUCUGAUUAUUAACACUGUAUUACAUGCGCAUAUAAGUGUAGUGAUGCGAGGAGGAGGCGGCGAAUCGACGUUGAAAGUUUGUAUUAAAAAAAUUGAUAUUUUAAAA